UCGUUUAUGUACUUCCCGUGUCCAGAGCUAAAGCCAGGGUCGCAAAUUAAUUCUCUAAAAUCAGCAAGCAAGCAAGCAGAAAUGUCAAAAGCGAAGCUGCAACAACUGAGCCCUGUUCAGCAGAGGAAGGCUGCUGCCAUCUUGGGAGCUCUAGUAGCAGACUCUGCAACUUCCCCCCUGCACUGGAUCUACGACCAGGAAGAGGUCAAGAGGAUCACGUCCACAGGAACGAUUGCAUUUGUCCCGGAACCUCACUGCCCUUACUACCACAUCCCCACGGGUACCAACAGUGCAUACGGUGCUCAAGUAUUCGUAACCCUCAGAGAGGUGGCUACCAACAAAGGUGUCUUCGAGGCUGGCAGACUUGCAGAUGCCCUCUAUAAGGAGUGCGGACCUGGCACAAUUUACGAGAAGGUUCGACAAGAAAGUGGACAGCCAAAGAAAGGACCGUGGACCAACCAUAACCUCAAGAUCUUCAUAGCCAACAGAGAGGAAGGCAGAAAGCCGGAGGCUGACCCAACAAGCCAGGACCCCGAUGGACUGUGCAAGGCUAUCGUGGUGAUUGCUUCGCUCAGCGGUACGGCUUCAGUCCUGGACAAGGUUGGAGAGUGCGUUGGAACCACACAGUCGAAUGAAGCAGCUACUAACUAUGCUAGGAGCGGUGGAGCUCUGUUAGACUCUAUAAUACAGACUGGAGAGAUUGAUUUCGAAGCAGCCAAGAAAGCCGCCUCACCUAACGUGUUGGCUGCCCUGGAGGAGGGGCUUGCUGCUAAGGGAAAACCCCACCAGGUGGCAGCCAAGGAGUUUGGUUUAGCUUGUGGAUUCCCUGCCUCGUUCAAGGGCAUGAUCCAGGGCAUUGCCUCGGCAACCAGUUUCCCUCAGGCAGUCAAAGACGGUAUCCUAGCCGGAGGAGACAACUGCAGCAGAAACACCUUCAUUGGAGCUUGUGUUGCCGCAAAGUACGGGCUGGAGUCCUUCCCUGAUGAGUGGCUCAAGAAGUACGACUUCACAGAUCAAGUCAUUGAUUGGAUCUGCACGGUUGUCAAGGCCUGAGAAACUGCGCUAUUGAACUUUAGUUAAUGUUAUAUUAGCAACCUUUAGACUAGGAUUUAUUUACCGUCGACAGCUAAAAUUCAUUAAUUUUGUCGGUCAUCAUGAUGUUGAUUGUCACUUACUCCGCUAGUUAUGAUUGAGGAGUGUUUGUGAGCUGGAGUGGUUUCAAUUUGCUAACAAUAAAAUUUGAAUGAGUGUUAAA